AACAUUGUUCAUUAUUUAUAUGGAAAUUAUUAUCAAUAUUAAUGAUAUUUUUAAAUUUAUUGGUGAUAUUUCCACAUGAAUCACUACCACCAAAUGGUAAUCUAUUUCAUCUGAUCAUUUUAUUUAUUGGUGCCCAUUUUUUGGGUUUAUUAUCCGAACGUAUUGGUUUACCACCAUUAUUUGGUAUGUUGGUUGCUGGUUUUUUAUAUGGUAAUUUUAAUGAUCGGGUAGAAUUGGAUACAAAAUUAUCAUCAACCAUUCGUUCAUUAGCAUUGAUUAUUAUUUUAUUACGUGCUGGUUUAAAUUUGGAUCCAAAAGCUAUACGUCGUUUAUCAAUAAUUUUGGCUAGAUUAUCAUUAAUACCAUCAAUUAUUGAAUCAUUAAUCAUAGGAUUACUUACAUGGAUUUGUUUUAGUUUUAAUCUAAGUUGGUCAUUAAUUAUUGGUUUUGUUAUUGGUUCAGUAUCACCGGCUGUUGUUGUCCCCAGUAUGGUUGAUGUACAGGAAAAAAAUUAUGGUACCAAACGUGGUAUACCAACAUUAUUGAUUGCAUCAACUUCGGUGGAUAAUGUUUUUGCUAUAACAGCCAUAAGUGUUUGUCUUAGUUUUGCUUUUCCCAAUUCAAAUGAAGAACGUGAUAGUGAUCAUUUAGUACAAACGGUAUUGACAAUAUCACGUGGUCCUUUGGAAGCAAUUACCGGUAUUAUUUAUGGUAUUAUUAUUGGUAUAAUAUUAUGGUAUAUACCGGCACAUCAUGAUAGUCGAUUGAUAAAAAAUUCUUCUUCAAGAACAGCAAAUCACAAAAAUAAAAAAAAUCACUAUGAAAUUCAUCGAUUUGUUUUACUUGCAACAACAUCAUUAUUCAUUUGGUUUGGUUCACAAAAAGGAAAUUUUAAAUCAAUGGGACCAAUUGCCAUUUUAACUGCACCAUUUAUUGCAUCAAUUCGUUGGCGUGAAAAUAAUUUGGGUAAAUUUAGUCGUGAAUCAUUGCGAAUAUUAUGGUUGAUAUUUGAAAAUUUCUUAUUCAGUUUAAUUGGUUUUAAUGUUCGUCUAAGACAAUUGGAUAUUUCGAUAUUAUUAAGCGGUAUCCUAAUCAUCGUGUUUGCCGUUAUUGUUCGUAUGAUUGUUGCUUUCGCAGUUACAUUUGGUGGUCAAUUUGAUCGAAAUGAACGUUUAUUUAUGGCCAUAGCAUGGCUGCCGAAAGCAACAAUUCAAGCAGCAAUGGCACCAAUCGCUAUGGAUUUAGCUCAAAAUACCGAAGAUAAACGUCGAGCACAAAUAGUUUUGACAUUAGCCGCUUUAUCAAUUCUAUUGACAGCACCUAUCGGUGCAAUUUUGAUGAAUUUAACAUAUAAAAAAUUACUUCAAAAUGAUUCAAAUGAUAUUAUUUUGUAUGAUACUCAAGCAUUAUCACCAAAUUCUCAACAACAACGACAAACAGAUCUGGAAAAUCAACAACAGCAACAACAAUCAUCAACAAACAGCAGCAGCAACAACAACAACAAGGUGAACAUACCAUUAUUAUUAAAUGAUAAACCAAUUCAGUCUUACAAUACUUGAUGAAUUACAAAA